AUGGGCCACCAGAACACCAAACCCCACAGAGAGAAGCAAGCCAAUAUAGUGAUGCUGGGACUGGAUUCUGCAGGAAAAUCCACGCUGUUGUACAAGCUCAGGUAUAAAGAUGCUUUUCUGACCACGCCAACCAUCGGCUUUAAUGUGGAUAUGAUCGAAACCGGGAGAGAUUUCACACUGACGUUUUGGGAUGUUGGAGGGCAAGAGAAAAUGAGGCAGGUCUGGAGCAAUUUCCUGGAGGGCACAGAUGGACUGCUGUACGUGGUGGACAGCUCUGAUAAGCGACGGCUGGAGGAAUCCAGGAGAGAGUUUGAGCUCAUCUUGAGGAAUGAAUCCAUAAAAAACGUGCCGGUCGUGGUGCUGGCGAACAAGCAGGACUUGCCUGGAGCUUUGAACGCCGAGGAAAUCACCAGGAGGUUCAAGAUGAAGAAGUACUGCAGUGACAGGACUUGGUACGUGCAGCCCUGCUGUGCCAUCACUGGAGAGGGGCUGGAAGAAGCUCUCCAUAGAGUGACCACGUUUGCCAAACAGUACAGCAGAUCCAAGGAGUCCUUCAAAAUCCUGAAGGAAUUCGAAACACUUUAAGGAUUUCUAUCAUCAGAUUCUGAAGAAUGCUAACAUAUUUUGUUGGACCGACUAAAUCUGGAAAUAUUGGAGUCUGGGGAACUUUUAUACAUAAAUAUUUAUAAAGAACUUUGACAAUAUUGAAGUCUACUGUUAUACCUGCAGAUGCUUCCGAGAUAUGACUCUGCAGCAUUUUAUUAUUUUUUUUAUUUGCUCAGGGUUGUUCAGCUCAGAAAUGUGGCUGUUGAACAAUGAGAAAGGUGGAGUUGAGCACCUGGAAACGAAAUAGGUGAGAAGUGUUUAAAUCCCUUAAAUCAGGUCAUUUUGUAAGAUGCAAACGAACCAAGU